AUGCUGCGGGCUGCGCGCCUUUGGCGCUUUCGGAUGAAGGGUGGUGACAUGUUUGUGGAGUACAAGGCCAUGUCGCGGGAUCAUCGCCGCUCGCUCCGUGUGGAGGACGCCGUUGUGGACCCCAGUGUCGCCCGCACCGUUGUUCCGCUGAGCUGGCUGGAGCAACUGCGCAGCCCGUCCCUUCGGCUGCCGACUGGCUACCACGUGGAGGAGGCGGUCUACGUGCCUCCGGCCUACGCUGCGCUGACCGAGAAGGCGGCGCCGAACGCGAUUUUGGCGGGCCCUGUUGUGCUGUACAUUACGGGGCAGAACCUCCCGGUGGUGGUGAAUCCGUACUUUGUCCCAGAUGAGACGUGGGGCGUCAGACGGAACGGUGACGAGUGGGACCUGCGGCUUGGCAUGGACGCCAUCGAGCAGUGCACCUUGUUUAGCGAGCUGCGCCCGGGCGGAUUGCUUUGCGGGAAACUCCCUAGCAGCCAGGGCCUGGCGCGUCACGAGCCCGUGCGCGCAACUCUGCAGCGUUAUGGCAUGAAGUGCGGACUCGCCGAGUCGCCACUAGUCCCGCGGCCGUGGACGCGGAUGCGGUACAUGUUUAUCGACGAGCUGCAGCGCGGGCCGAAGAUGACGGAAUUUGUUGGACACAACCCGCGCAAUGGCACCCCGUGGCGCUUCUCGCAACAUACAAAGUACUUCCGCCUUGGAAUCUGGCGGGACACGAUACGUCGUAAUGACAUGAACGAAGGUCUCCACGGGCACAGCAGCUGGCAGAAGUCGCCACAGCAGUCGGUGCCGGAGGUUCGCCUCAUGGCACCCUACCCGUAG